CGCAUAACCUGCGUCUGCUUAGUAAAUGCAGCUAGUCCGCCUUUCAUGAGUUUGGCAACACUUUGAACAUGGUGUUUCUUUCGUCAGAACGGAAUGCUACAAAUCAAGGUUCUCUGGACUUCAGGUUACAUAUGCAUAGACGCUACGCCAACACCGUUGCAGUACUACUACUACUAGGAUUCUGCAGGCGUGCGCUAUCGAGGAUGCCCGCGCCGCUGGAGGCUUACUGCCCCGACGACCCCUCGUACGGGCGGCUUAAUCUGAAGUCCGUGGACAGUGACAUCACUACAUGUACGCCAAGCCCACAUGAUUAUGUGGGCCAGGCUGUGUACGAGUGCUGGUGGCAGUUCAACAUCGCUGUCAACAGCUGUCUGGUCUCCAUGCGCCCUGACGCCAGCCGGCAUGCGGGUGCUGGCCGGUUGCCGUGCCGCCCGUUUGGACUGAGCGGCAACCUGACGACCGAUGGAUUGGAAGGUCGCGUAUGGGCUGACGUUGACGGUCCCGCUCUGCUGUCGUACUUUGAAGAGCAUCCGGAGGUGGUUGCAAGUCUAGGGUACGACAACGCACGAGCAGUUGUACGACACAUCUGGACUAUCCUGCGCGAAUUUACCUCGGACUUGCGGUUCGACGAUGACUCAUGGAUCGACGACAACGACCUCAACGCUCUACAGGAAGAAGAUCAUCGUGUACGGCGCCUCGCUACAGCUGCAGUCGUUGGUACUGCUACUACUACCUUACAACGCGACCGUCACGGACCCAUGCAUGUGUACCGUCCCUCCGCGGGUCGAAUGAUGCUUAAGAUGUCAAACGGCUGCAAGUACCGCUAUACGAUCAACCCCGACUCGCACGUCUUCGAGCCCCCCGCUCGGCACCGGGCCCACGUGGCCUGGCGCACCUUGGUUGCGGUGGUGGCUUGCCUUGCAGUGAGCCUCUCAGCGGUCGGGCUGGGCGUCUGCAUCCACAUGUCCCGGCGUCAUGCCCAGUUUGUGGCGCAGUAUUGGGAAUAUCAGGCGGUUCAGGAUCAUUCCGGCUCAGACAUGCAGCCUUCCACUUUCCUGCGUGUGCGUCUGGAGCCGCCUCCAAAGCCGCCGGCAGCACCAGGAGCCCAAGCAGGGACCCCCCAAGCCUAAGCAGCAGCGGCGGUGGCAGCAGCAGCAGCAAGGCAGCAGCAGCGGCGGCGGGUUGUAGCAGCCGUAGGUUUGGGGCCGCGACUGCUGCUGCUGCUGCUCUAACCAUUUGCUCCUCUUGCUGCAAGAGUGACGGGUGCCUGAGGGGACAUGGUGUUAUGAUCCCCACCAGUGUUGAAACUGCUGAAGUGGGCUUCCCUGGAAUGAAGAGUUGAUUGUUUGUGUGGCGGACUACACGGGCAUGCAAUGGCCUAUCCUAUAUGUUCUCGAGUGUGAUUGAGCGUACAGAAGGGUUCCAAACUGAGCGUAAACUGACUGCAUCAUCUACUGCCUCUUGUGCAUGCCCUUGCGGCCGUUGCAGCCGCACUUGCAGCUGUUUGGAUGAAUUUAACUGAGCCGCAGACGUGCACCUGUGUGCCUAUCAGCCCUGCUCACAAUUCCCAUGUGCAAUCGCUGAAUGCGUUUUGCUGAAUGUAAUGGUGACUGCAUAUUGAGUGCAACAUUUGAGGAUGUUGUUUCUCGGCGUGGGUGUUAGGGUAACGUUGUUUACAAUGUACGGCGCACGUCGAGAGGGAAUACGACGGUUGUGAGGGGGUCUUAAUAUGCGCGGGCGGGAUCUUACCCUUCAGUAUGACCACUGUACGAGGCCCUCCGGGUGUUUGUUGACGCAUGGUUCUCGUCUUGGAAUUUGCAUUUGCAGCCAGGAAACAUGGUCUAGGCAAAAAAUGUCGCAAUUGCGUUGGGAGCCUCGAGAGGAAAGCGGUAAUGGCAGAGGACUAUGGGGCAAGGAGCAAGGGAUUCCAGUGCCCAUGCUCUGCCUGCGAUGCCCUGCAGCAUUCGUUAGCUAUGCACUGCAAGACGGGGCUGAGUGAGGGGUCUCUUGAGAACCGUGUGUGCUUGAGACGACAACGGCUAUCAGUGCAGGUGUUGUGUAGUUGCGCAUGAAAGGGCUGAAAGAGGGGAAGGUGUCUGUAAUCCUUGAGCCAAUUGAGCUGGAGAGGAUCAUACAGGCCAAUCCAGACGUCCCGAUUCAGGAUUUCGCGCGGCUCGAGUUGGCAUGUGAGCUGACCCAUCCGCAGGACUCCUGGUCCCCCGGCCGAACGAGACGUUCACAUUUGAUGUGGCAUUGUUUCGCCCCAUCCUUGUUGAGAUGCGUAAUUAAGCGCAGGCGCUACUGACACUGCGUGUUAGUACGCCCUAUGUCACCAUGUCGCAUCAUGCUGCCAGGUACAUUUGUAACAUAACC